UAAGCAACACUAUAUGAAGUUAUCAUUCAGAAUGCUGAGCUGGUGCGUGUAUAACAUAUAGUGCAGACAUAGAGAUCCUAGUUGUACAUUAACUGUACUUGGUUUUUAAAGGAAAUUCGAAUGAUUGAUUAUGAGAAAAUGAUGGACCAGAGAGGAAUGCGAGUAGUGGCAUUUGGACAAUGGGCUGGUGUAGCAGGGAUGAUCAACAUGUUGCAUGGUUUAGGGCUUAGAUUUCUUGCAUUGGGACAUCACACCCCCUUUAUGCACAUUGGAAUGGCCCACAACUACAGAAACAGCAGCCAGGCUGUGCAAGCUGUAAGGGAUGCAGGAUAUGAAAUUGCUCUAGGCUUGAUGCCAAAAUCUAUUGGACCUCUGACCUUUGUGUUUACAGGCACUGGCAAUGUAUCGAAGGGUGCACAAGAAAUGUUUAAUGAACUUCCCUCUGAGUUUGUUGAACCUCAUGAAUUAAAAGAAGUUUCUAAGACUGCAGAUCUCAGGAAAGUUUAUGCAACUGUAUUAAGCCGUCAUCACCACCUUGUGAGGAAAACUGAUGGAGUGUAUGAUCCUGUAGAGUAUGAAAAGAACCCAGAAUUGUAUACAUCUCGGUUCAACACAGAUAUUGCUCCGUAUACGACAUGCUUGAUUAAUGGUAUUUACUGGGAUCCACAUACUCCACGUUUACUGAACAGGCAAGAUGCUCAGAGGUUGCUUGCUCCUGUGAAGUCCUCAUCAGUUGCCACAGAGGGAUGUCCGGAGCUACCACACAAACUUCUAGCCAUCAGUGACAUCUCCGCCGACACCGGGGGGAUCUAUAGAGUUUAUGACCGAGUGUACCACUAUCGAUAUGCCAUUUUGCAUGUACGAUGCUGAUCAGCAUAUCAUACAUGACAGUGUUGAAGGUAAUGGUAUACUGAUGUGCUCAAUUGACAAUUUACCAGCUCAACUUCCAAUUGAAGCAACUGAAUAUUUUGGAGAUAUGUUAUUUCCUUACAUAGAAGAAAUGCUAAUGUCUGAUGCUACAAAACCACUUGACAAAGAGAAUUUUUCUCCUGUUGUAAGAGAUGCAGUGAUUGCAUCCAAUUCCUCGUUGACACCCAAGUACAAAUACAUACAGAAGCUUAGAGAGAGCAGAGAAUAUGCUCAACUGAUGACAAUGGGAGCCAAGAAAAGGAUACUGGUGCUCGGAUCUGGUUAUGUUUCUGGACCUGUUAUAAGCUAUCUCACACGAGAUCCUAAUGUGGAGAUAACUGCAGUUUCCAUGAUAAAAGAUCAGGUGGAUCACUUGGCAAAGAAGUACAACAACACUACACCACUCGCUAUGGAUGUCCUGAAGAGUGAAGAGAAGCUAUCUUCUAUAGUAAAGAAACAUGAUCUUGUUGUCAGUUUACUGCCCUACUCUGCACAUCCAAUAGUGGCAAGAAAAUGCAUCAAGGAGAAGGUGAACCUGGUGACUGCCAGCUAUUUGACCCCUUCUAUGAAAGAGCUGCAGCAAAGUGCUGAAGACUCUGGAACAACAAUAGUUGGUGAAAUGGGAUUGGAUCCUGGCCUUGAUCAUAUGCUAGCCAUGGAAUGCUUUGAUAAAGCUAAAGAUGUGGGAGCAACUGUAGAGUCUUACAUUUCCUUCUGUGGGGGUCUUCCAGCUCCAGAGUAUUCUGACAAUCCACUGAGGUAUAAGUUCAGCUGGAGCCCUCUUGGUGUUCUCUUAAAUACAAUACAGCCUGCCACUUAUUUGAAGAAUGGAGAGGUUGUUAAUAUUGCAGCUGGAGGCUCGCUGCUGGAGUCUGUUACCAUCAUGGACUGUUUUCCUGGACUCAAUCUAGAAGGCUUCCCAAACAGGGACAGUACCAAAUAUGCAGAACCCUAUGGCAUCCAGUCAGCCCAUACGUUGAUGAGAGGGACCCUGAGGUACAAGGGAUUUGCUAAAGCAAUGAGUGGUUUUGUGAAGUUAGGACUAAUUAAUGCAGAUCCCUGUCCUUUGCUAGCUGUGAAUGCUCCAGCAGUGAGCUGGAGAGAGCUCAUCUGUCAUCUGCUGAAGGUUCCAUCCUCCACUAGUGCUGGCCACAUCAAGGAAAUAGUGUAUGACAAGAUAGGAAGGGAUGACAGCAACCUGGAAGCUAUCGAGUGGUUUGGCCUUCUAGGUGAAGAACCGGUGCCUGUUGCCGAAUCUGUUGUUGGUGCAUUAGCUAAGCAUCUAGAAAUGAUGCUUUCUUUUGGUCCUGGAGAGCGAGACAUGAUUGUUAUGAGAAAUGAUAUCGGCAUCAGACAUCCGUCGGGACAUUUGGAAGCCAAAAAUAUAAGCUUAGUGGUGUAUGGAGAUGUGAAUGGCUACUCUGCUAUGGCAAAAACUGUGGGCUAUCCCACUGCUAUUGCCGCUAAAAUGGUUUUAGAUGGUGAAAUUGAUGGAAAAGGUUUGGUAAUUCCUCUGACUAAGAAUAUCUAUGGACCAAUCCUAGAACGGGUUAAAAAAGAAGGCAUUUUUUACAACUCAAAAAGCACUUUCUCCCUUUAA